CAAUCACCUUAAAGCGAAGAGUCACCGUAUCACGAAAGCUGCUACUCAAGAGGCUAAUGAUAAACCCUUUAAAUGUACUAUACCUGGAUGUGUCAAGUCUUAUAAAAACCCGAACGGUCUAAAAUAUCAUACCGAACAUGGUCAUCGGUCGGCUUUGUCAGAUACGGAAGUUGAAAAGAAACCGGCUAUCAAACCAUAUAGGUGUAAUUUUCCAGAAUGUGAGAAACGAUAUAAGAAUCCGAAUGGAUUAAAAUAUCAUGUUGAACAUGCUCAUCAUGCCAUAAUUCGUCGUGGGUGA